GUCCCUGAGCUCACAGGCGUGUGUCCCCGGGAUAGUACGACCACAGGUGCUGCAGCUGGGUCCUGAGCUGUGUGGGUGUCAUCAGUCUGCUGUCUAGUGGACUUAGGAGGAGGGUCGUGUGAGCAGAGCAGAGAGUGAAGGCUCUGCCCUUUUGGGGCUGCCUUGCUGGAGGAUGGGCAUUUCACGGACGAGAAGGAUGGUACAGCUUCUCCAAAAUAAGAUUUUUAACUCAGACAUCCUUUCCUAGACCACAGGAGAGAUUUCCCUGGAACACCCAGGAGCGAGUGUCCAUGGUUGCAAAGAGGACAGUUGGUGGAAGGCAGGCCCUGUUGGGCUGUUCCAGAAGCAUGACAGCUGGGACAAAGAGAGCCUUCAGCAGUGACCUUCACCUGCCACCCUUGAGUGGCGCUUUACCCUCUCCCUUUUUGGGGCUGUAAAUUCAGAUUAACACAGAUCUCUGAAAAGCACAGCCAGGGGCGCAUGUGCAGAUUUGCAUGCAAGUCUGACGUCAGCAGUGAGAAAGCAACAGGCUGGGUAUUAAAAGUGAAAGUGCUUUGAUACAAACAGUGCAAAGACAAAAGUGGCCCGCCCACAUCUACUUCUGACAUGCCUUGUGACCUUAGGCUGGCCCCUCGUCUGCUCUGUGAAGAGAGGGAUACCUGAGCUGGCUCACGGCCCUCUCAGCUGAGUGUUGCAGCAGAGUGGAAGGAGCAGCAGUUUGAAGUCUCUUGGUACCCUUCUUGGUUUUUUGUUCCUUUGUGCCUUUUGUUGGUCGGCUGAAGCUGAGCACUGACAGCUUUUCUCUGAGAGAUGGAUUCGAGAGGAGGCCCAGCCGGGCAGAGCCUUUCCUGAUGAAUACCUUUCUCUCGUGGCCAGGCUCAUUAUCCAUUUUCGAGACAUUCAUAACAAGAAAUCUCAAGCUUCUGUCAGUGACCCUAUGAACGCACUACAGAGCCUGACUGGUGGACCUGCCACUGGAGCAGCUGGAAUCGGCAUGCCUUCUCGGGGCCCAGGACAGUCCCUGGGUGGGAUGGGUGGCCUUGGUGCCAUGGGCCAACCCAUGCCCCUGUCAGGGCAGCCACCCCCUGGCACCUCAGGGAUGGCCCCCCACGGCAUGGCUGUUGUGUCUACCACAACACCACAGACCCAGCUGCAGCUCCAGCAGGUAGCGCUGCAGCAGCAGCAGCAGUUCCAACAGCAGCAGGUGGCACUGCAGCAGCAGCAGCAGCAACAGCAGCAGUUCCAGGCUCAGCAGAAUGCCAUGCAGCAGCAGUUCCAGGCGGUGGUGCAGCAGCAGCAGCAGCAGCUCCAGCAGCAGCAGCAGCAGCAGCAGCACCUGAUUAAAUUGCAUCAUCAAAACCAGCAACAGCUACAGCAGCAGCAACAGCAGCUGCAGCGGAUGGCACAGCUGCAGCUGCAGCAGCAGCAACAGCAGCAGCAGCAGCAGCAGCAGCAGCAGCAGGCUUUGCAGGCCCAGCCGCCAAUACAGCAGCCACCAAUGCAGCAGCCACAGCCUCCCCCCUCCCAGGCCCUGCCCCAGCAGCUGCAGCAGAUGCACCACCCACAGCACCACCAGCCGCCACCACAGCCCCAGCAGCCGACAGUUGCUCAGAACCAACCAUCACAGCUCCCACCACAGUCACAGACCCAGCCUUUGGUGUCACAGGCUCCGCCCCUCCCUGGACAGAUGAUGUAUACCCAGCAACAGCUGAAACUUGUCCGACCUCCGAUGGUGGUGCAGCAGCCGCAGGUGCAGCCCCAGGUGCAGCAGGUGCAGCCCCAGGUGCAGCAGCAGACAGCGGUACCGACAGCUCAGGCCUCCCAGAUAGUGGGUUCUGGAGUCCAGAUGAUCACCGCAGCCUUGGCCCAAGGCGGGAUGCAAGUAAGAGCCCGGUUCCCACCCACCACCGCCAUGUCUGCCGUCCCGUCAAGCUCCAUCUCUUUGGGCGGACAGCCCUUGGCACAGGUCAGCCAGAACAGCCUCACCAUGCUGUCCUCGCCGUCACCGGGCCAGCAGGUGCAGACCCCGCAGUCGAUGCCCCCUCCCCCCCAGCCGUCCCCACAGCCCGGCCAGCCCAGCUCGCAGCCCAACUCCAACGUCAGCUCCGGCCCUGCCCCAUCCCCCAGUAGCUUCCUGCCCAGCCCCUCGCCGCAGCCCUCCCAGAGUCCAGUGACAGCGCGCACCCCACAGAACUUCAGCGUCCCCUCCCCGGGACCUUUAAACACCCCUGUGAACCCCAGCUCGGUCAUGAGCCCAGCGGGCUCCAGCCAGGCCGAGGAGCAGCAGUACCUGGACAAGCUGAAGCAGCUGUCCAAGUACAUCGAACCCUUGCGCCGCAUGAUCAACAAGAUCGACAAGAAUGAAGACAGAAAAAAAGACCUGAGUAAGAUGAAGAGCCUUCUGGACAUCCUGACAGACCCCUCCAAGCGGUGCCCCCUGAAAACGCUGCAAAAAUGUGAGAUCGCCCUGGAGAAACUCAAAAAUGACAUGGCGGUGCCCACGCCCCCACCGCCCCCAGUGCCGCCAACCAAACAGCAGUACCUGUGCCAGCCGCUCCUGGAUGCUGUCCUGGCCAACAUCCGCUCGCCUGUCUUCAACCACUCCCUGUACCGCACGUUCGUGCCGGCCAUGACAGCCAUCCACGGCCCACCCGUCACGGCCCCAGUGGUGUGCGCCCGGAAGCGUAAGUUUGAAGAGGACGAGAAGCAGAGCAUCCCCAAUGUGCUUCAGGGGGAAGUGGCCAGAUUAGACCCUAAGUUCCUGGUGAACUUGGACCCUUCUCACUGCAGUAACAACGGCACCGUCCACCUGAUAUGCAAGCUGGAUGACAAGGACCUCCCAAGUGUGCCGCCACUGGAACUCAGCGUGCCUGCCGACUACCCAGCCCAGAGCCCGCUGUGGAUUGACCGGCAGUGGCAGUACGACGCCAACCCCUUCCUGCAGUCGGUGCACCGAUGCAUGACCUCGAGGCUGCUGCAGCUCCCUGACAAGCACUCGGUCACGGCCUUGCUCAACACCUGGGCGCAGAGCAUCCACCAGGCCUGCCUCUCGGCAGCCUAGCUGCCACCGCCACUCCACCUCGGGCCACCGGCCAAGGACCGUGGGGGCGGCCGGCAGCCUUGUCGGGGCCGCAGCAGACAUAUGCCUCAUGUCGGACAUUUCUAGGUGUUGGCUUCCUUAGAGAGUCUGGGCUUAGAUUUGCUUUCCUGCUUUUAUCUUCUGCCUUGGGGACCUGCCAAACAUUUUCCCACACUUGUACAGGACAGGGACAGGUGGCUGCGGAGCUGGCUUUGUUGGGGGUGGGGGUGGGACUUCUUUCAGGGAGUCAGACACACCUCUAGUCCCUGCGUUCCUUGGGCUUCUGUCCCCGCGGCCUCUGCAGGGCCCACGUCCUUCCUCCACAGCAUGGGGAGAACUCAGGAUCUCGUUCGAGGCUCUUGUGUGUGUGCCAGAAAACACUUCUCCCUGUUUCUGUAGGGGAACAUGGAAAACGUAGGAAACCCUCAAAACACACAGAGUUUUCUGAUCACGGUUUUGGGUUCAGACCGCGCCACAGUUGGCAUGGGGCACACUUGCCUGCAGCACGCCACAGGGAAGCUCCCGGAUCCGGGGGUGCUGGCUGUGUCAAGAGGGAAGGCCGGCCUGUGGGCAGUGUGAGUCCCCUGCCAUCAGCUGGGCCUCAUACCUCAUGGCAUUCUCCCUUCAAGCCCUGGGGGCCCUUUCAGCACUGUGGGGGUGCCCGGGGAGCCAGGAGCAUCUGGGUGGAUCCUUUUCCUGGCCCCAUGCCCACUAGUUGGACCCUUGGGCCCACUCUUGGGUCAGGGUUCUGUCCUCGGGACCCAGCAUCCUCGGAGCCAAUCCAGAGAGUGAAGGCUCCCUGACAGGGCAUCGGCCAGCUGGCCCUCUGGCGACAAGAGGUUCCCCCUUUUGUAUGUGCACUACCGUGUCAUCUGUGGUUGCUAUAAUAAAUUUAUUAUUCCCGUGUU